AUUAAAAUCGAAAAUCAACAAUAAAAGAACCCUCUCUUCUUCCAUUUGAAUUUCAAACUCUGUAACAAACUGCUUGAGAGCGUUUUCGAAAAUGAAGACGGAUCUUCAUUCCAAAGAAGAAACUGCUACUUAUCAACAAUGGUUCAAUCUAGCAGAUUCAGAUGGUGAUGGACGCAUCAGUGGAAAUGAAGCUACAAAAUUCUUCGCACUCUCGAAUUUGUCUCGUUCUCAACUCAAGCAGCUUUGGGCUCUUGCUGAUAACAAACGUCAAGGAUUUUUAGGUUUUUCAGAGUUUGUUACUGCUAUGCAGUUGGUUUCGCUUGCACAGGCAGGAUAUGAACUUAAUUCUGAUAUUCUAAAAAUUCAAAUGGAUAAGGAGAAUGUUAAACCACCUGUGAUUGAAGGAUUAGAUACUUUAGUAGCACAAACUAAGAAAUUGACAAUCACUACCCCAUCCGAAGUGAAUGUGACUUCCAAGCCUCAACCAUUUCUACCAAACUCAUGGUUCACGUCAAAAUCUUCAAAGAAAUUGCCUCCAAGUGCAGUUACAUCAAUAGUUGAUGGCUUGAAAAGAUUGUAUACUGAGAAACUAAAGCCCUUGGAAGUUGCUUAUAGAUAUAAUGAUUUUGUAUCUCCGUUGCUGACCAACAGCGAUUUUGAUGCUAAACCCAUGGUCAUGCUUCUUGGUCAAUACUCUACGGGAAAAACAACAUUUAUAAAGCACUUGCUAAAAUGUGAUUAUCCAGGAGCACACAUUGGGCCAGAGCCUACAACAGAUAGAUUUGUUGUUGUUAUGUCUGGUCCUGAUGAGAGGAGUAUUCCGGGAAACACUAUAGCUGUUAAUGCUGAUAUGCCUUUCAAUGGCUUGACAACUUUUGGAGGUUCAUUUCUAUCAAAGUUCGAAUGCUCUCAAAUGCCACAUCCAUUGUUGGAUGAAGUAACAAUUGUGGACACUCCUGGUGUCCUAUCCGGAGAGAAACAAAGGACACAAAGAAGCUAUGAUUUCACUGGUGUUGUAUCUUGGUUUGCUGCCAAAUGUGAUGUCAUUCUUCUCCUAUUCGAUCCACAUAAGCUUGACAUCAGUGAUGAAUUCAAACGUGUAAUUUCAUCUUUACGUGGCAACGAGGACAAGAUCCGUGUGGUUUUGAAUAAGUCAGACCAAGUUGAUACUCAACAACUUAUGAGAGUCUAUGGAGCAUUGAUGUGGUCGUUAGGAAAAGUUUUGAAUACUCCUGAAGUUGCGCGUGUAUACAUUGGAUCAUUUAAUGAUAAGCCUACAAAUGAAGGAUUUGCUGAUCCACUAGGGAAAAAUCUCUUCGAGAAGGAACAGAACGAUCUGUUGGCAGAUUUGCUGGAUAUUCCAAAGAAGGCUUGUGAUCGUCGGAUAAAUGAAUUUGUGAAGCGUGCUAGAUCUGCUAAAAUUCAUGCAUACAUAAUUAGCCAUCUUAAGAAGGAGAUGCCAACAAUGAUGGGCAAAGCCAAGGCACAACAAAAACUCAUUGACAAUCUCGACAAUGAAUUUGCAAAGGUUAAAAGGGAGUAUCAUCUACCACCGGGUGAUUUUCCCAGUGUUGAGCACUUCAGAGAAGUUUUGAGUGGUUAUAGCAUUGACAAAUUUGAGAAACUGAAGCCAAAGAUGAUUCAAGCCAUAGAUGACAUGCUAGGAUAUGAAAUCCCAGAGCUUUUAAAGAAAUUCAGAAAUCCAUAUGAUUGAAAUGUAAAAUGUUUAAGCAUGUUAUCGGCCAUCAUAUAUGUUUAAUAAGUGUAAGACUUUGAUAUUUGAAUUAGUUAUUAAAGAAUUGUAGAUGGUUUCAUUUCCAUUAA